CACAGGAAGCUCUGGCAUCGAUUCGUCAGCCUGUUAUCUUUUUCUCUACUGCAAAGCCGCGCGGAUGUGGUUUUCAGAUGCGGCUCGUCAAAACUUGGGAAACUAAAGAACUAAACAACUUCGUGGAAAGGAAAUAGCUUCAAUCCACAAUGAGUGACGAUGCAGACUCUCCUCCGGAGAGGUUAAUGAAGGACUUUCAGUUUCGUCAGCUGAAUAAAGUUGAAGUUUUUAAGCCACCAGACCAAUUGCCUAAGGACAGAUCCAGUCUCCUUACCGUCUCUAACAAAUACGGGUUGACAUUCGUGGGACUCGGCAGAACAUUUAAAGUCUACUUGACUAAAGACAUUCUUUGUGCUGAUAAAGCUGAUCCCGGCUGCAUAGUAAAGGGCACACCAGCAUUAGCCACAGUGACUGUGGAGUUGGCUCUGCAUCAUUUGGCUCUCAGCUGUGAUGAACUUACUUUGUCAGUUUGCGGUGUGGCAGAGGAGAAUUUGUGUCUCACAUUUUAUGAUGUUCGCACCUUCAUCAAUGGGAAAUCAACGCAAAAGUUGCCCUUUGCAAGCUUCCGGCCGGAUGUGCAGCCUGGCACCUUGCUGCAGGAUCUGAAAUGGAAUCCAGCACAUGUCUCCAUGUUGGCUGCUUGUUUGUCUGAUGGUAGCAUGAUGAUUCUGGAUGUUGCAGAUCUUGUCAAAGUGCAGGCUAAGCUGCCUUCCACAAGUGGCAUCACAUGCAUUUGUUGGAGCCCAAAAGGAAAGCAGGUUGCUGCAGGAAAGAUGAAUGGCACUGUUAGUCAAUAUACACCAGCAUUGGAGGAAAAGAAAGUCAUCCCGUGUCCACCCUUCUACACCUCAGAGGACCCUGUCAAGGCUCUGGAUGUGCUCUGGCUGAGAACAUUUGCCUUUGCGGUGACAUAUGCUGCUGCCGAUGGGUCUUUAGAAACCCCUCCUGAACUUGUGUUGGUCUCCCUCCCUAAAAAGGAUGAGAAAGUGGAUACCAAGUAUCUGAAUUUUGGUGACAUAGUGUACGGCACCUGCACCGAACGACAACAUCACUACUUCCUCAGUCACAUAGAGGACUGGGACCUUGUUUUUGCAGCAUCAGCAGCUUCUAUUGAGGUCAGCGUCAUUGCAAGACAAGAUGACAAGAUGUGGGAACUCUGGAUCCUUGAAGACGCGAGCAGGGCGGAACUUCGGGUGACGGAGUCAAACGAAGACACUCUUCCUCUUGGUUUGGUAAUAGACUACACCAGCCAGCAGGAGAUCUACAUUACUGAUGAGAAGACCUUACCUCCAGCACCCACACUGAUGAUGCUGUCCACAGAGGGAUUGCUCUGCUCCUUUGCUCUAGUCAACCAAAACCCCGGGGUCAAGCAGCUCAUCACACCCCCUACAGCGCUCUCACCUGAAGGGGAGAGGCUGCCAAAGCCAGGUUCCUUGGCAUCAGCACCAGCCAAGCUUCCUGCUGCAGUUCCUGCUGCUCCGGCCGCCUUCCCGAGCAUCAGCUUCGCUUCAACAGCUAUGCCCAGUCUUCCUGUCCCUUCGGCUCCGUCCUCCAUUACCCCUUUUAGCAUCGCUCCAACAGCUCCAGUGACAACAGCUUCCUCCGGCUUUACCUUCUCGGUCCCGCCGACCUUCUCCACCACUUCUGCCCCAGUUGCAGCUUUCUCUCUGGGAGGAUCUGCGCCUUUCGGCUCGGGGUCCUCCGGUUUCUCGUUUGCCUCCAAACCUUCGUUUGAGACCCCGUCUGCACUCCCAACAUUUCCGUUCAGCUCCCCUUCCAGCAAACCACCAGUGGUGGCUGCCCCAGUUGCAGCCGCCCCGUCUGCCACUGCACCACCUCAGGGCCUGUCGACGGCCUCGCCGCCCACAGUCAAACAGAACCUGAAUGAAAGAUUUUCAGGGGUGGAGGCUUCGUCUCCAGCGUUCUCUUUUCCUAAAGCUGUUGUUUCCAGCUCCAGUGGUUUUAUGUCAGCCUCCAAGCCGCCAGCUGUGUUAGCUCCAGUUCACCCGGUGCAGACGAGCACACCUCCAGCCGUAGUCCAGAAACCUGCUCCUGCUGUUCAAGGACGGGUCUCAACUCAACAGCAAGCUGUUAGCGUGAAAGCCCUGGAGAAACAGCUGCAGCAAAAGAAAGACUCUGACCCCAUUAUGGCUGGAAUUUUGGAGGAGAUUGCACAUUUUCAGAAGGAGUUAGACGACCUAAAGGGUCGCAGUUCAAAAGGUGACGUCAGAGUCGGCACAAACGAUGAGAUGAAGGAGCUGAGAAAAGAGUCGGAGGACCUCCACAUCUUCACCCUGGAGAUCAGAGAAACGACAGAGUCACUCCAUGGUGACAUUAGCACGCUGAAGACCACGCUACUGGAGGGUUUCGCCGGGGCGGAAGAAGCUAAGACGCAGAACGAGCUGGGCAAAGACAAAAACUACAGACAGCUGUUGUACAAAAAGCCUCUGGAUCCCAGAAGCGAAGAACAACUCAAGGAGAUUCGCAGGUUGUACCAGUACGUUAAAUUUGCUGUGGAGGAUGUUAACGAUGUGCUGGAUGUGGAAUGGGAGAAACACCUGGAGAAAAAGAAAAAGCAAAAACACAUGGUCGUUCCGGGACGUGAGGGUCUUUUCAACACGCUGUCCAGCAACCUGUGCAUCAUCAACCAGCAGAAGAACAGACUGGAUCAGCUGAUUCAGGAGCUCAGUGCUCUGCGCCUCUACAGCAAAACCACCGCUCCCACCAUUAACCAGAACACUGCAGCAACAACAUCAGAGGACUAUAAAAAUGAGCUGGAGAAUUUGGAGGAAGCACUCCUGAAAGCCCGGCUUGAUAAGACCCCUCCUGAGACGAAGGUGAAAUCAUCAGCAGUCAAGAUUUCCCCUGUUAAACAAUCUCAACUGCGCAACUUCCUGUCAAAAGGCCAGAUGCCUCCUGUGCGUUCAACAGCACCAGCCAACUUGUCGCGCUCCGCCUUCCUCGCUCCUAAAAGCUUUGAGGACUUGGAUGACGUGAGCUCCACGUCCUCUUUAUCGCAGUCUAUAGAGCUGCUCCCAUCUCACUUGGAGUUGGAGGAAGAGGAAGAGCUGCAGCCCUUGCAGCCUCCACUUAUGAACGCCAUGACCCAGUCCCUUCCCACCCCUCGCCACCCCGCUGUUGUUCGAACGCCCUCCAUCCAGCCAGGCUUUGGAGCCAUACAGUCCACCCCUCUAGCGAAGAUGCACCCUGUAGUAGCCGGUAUGGGCUUUGGGCUGAGCCCCAUUGUCAACCCCGUUCCAACUAAUAGGAUUAACCUCAGCGGGGCGGAAAGUACCGCUCUCGCCACAAAGACGGUAAAGCAUGGAGCACCACCUACCGAGCGGAGUGUCCCUGUAACCAUCUCUGCCCAGCAGGCUGCAGCCACCGCUGCUCUACGGAGACAAAUGGCCAGUCAGAAGCCAGCUGCAGUCAACGCCUCAUUGACGGAGUCGACCUUAAAAACUGUCCCUCAGGUGGUGAAUGUUCAGGAGCUGAAGGACAAAGGACCGCCUAUGCCAAUGUCUUCUAUUAUCAGCUCCUCGGCGCCCGACCCCUCAGUCCAGGGCUUCACUGCAGUUUCUGCCAGCCAAGUCAAACGAAACACAACUCCAGGUCUGCAGAAGUUAUCCACAGAGAAUGGAUCCAUUCCACAGACAGGCUUUGUCUUUGGUCAACCAUCCAAAACAGAAGUUUCUGUGGUUCCGCCCAGUUCAGUUGAGCAAAACACCAGCAAGGCCUUCUCAUUCACCUCAGGAUCGGCAGGCUUCAGUUUUUCAUCUGUAACACAAGGUGCUGGAGUGUCUCAAGUGAAGGAUGUGAGCAAGUUCUCCUUUGGUGGAAAUGGAAAAGGGCUGUUUGGUCAACCUGGAGAGGAGCCGUUCUCCCUUCCCACAAAGUCAAACUCUCCCGGUCUGAGCACUGGGUCUUCAAGCUCAUCGGCCAACAGUUUAGGGGAAGUUGCAAAACCGGCUUCCAGCGUCGCUGGUUCUAAAGCGGAGCCGCAGCCUCCAAAGGUAGCGGGAGGGGAGACGUUAGGCAGCUUUUCAGGACUGCGAGUGGGGCAAGGAGAAGAAGGAGCCGAAUUAUCCACAAAGGCCGCUCCUGCAUUUACCUUCGGGAACGCUGGGCUCGGCCAUAGCAAGUCAGCUCCUCAGUUUAGCUUUGGUUCGGCUCCCCAGAAAUCUGCUGAGGAUGGCGCUGCAGCAGACUUGCCUAAAGUGUCAGGAUCAGGCAGCUUGUUUAAACCUCCUGACUCCAACUCCAUGCCAACCUUUUCUAUAACCCCUUCAACCUCAGCUGCCUCAGCGCUGCCUACAUCUUUAAGUAGUCUUCUUGCAGCUCCUACGGAAGAGUCUCAGCAACCUUCAGAAAGCACACCUGCUGCUUUACCAGAACCAAGUACCAAGGAACCUGCUGUAGACCUGACCAGUGCUCCUGCAGACCCCGAGCCUCCUGUGACUGCAGCUACCACAACAUCUGCAGCACCAACACUUCCUGUGGUCACUCCUGUCCCGACUGCAGACUCCUCUACUGCAGCUCCUGCAGAACCUGAAUCAAUCCCGCCUUCAGCACCACCACCACCUGCCCCUUCCACCGAGGAAGCCACCCCAGACCCCUCAUCUACACCUUCUGUCCCCACGUCUGCCGCCGCCGUCCCACUGACCACCCAGGUAACCUCAGCAGCUGCACCGGCCCCCUCCUCAGACAAACCAGGCUCCAUUUUUACCUCUGUUGCUCCUGCAACCACCACUAGCGGUUCUGUUGGGGCCAUACCAGCCAUUAACACAGCUGCUCCUUCAACCACCACCACCGCCACCGGCGCAGUUAUCACCAGCGCACCGACGACGGCUGCUAAUGUGUUCGGCCAGCCUCCCGCUCCUCCUGCCACUUCUGCCCCUGCAACCACCGGAUUCGGCACAUCUGGAUUCGGCGCACCAGCGGAAGCAGGGUUCGGCAAAUCAGUUUUUAGCGUGGGUGGAUUUGGACAGCCCGCGAGCAUAGGAGGAACGUCGAGCGGCUUUUCAUUCACCCAGUCUGCAUUCGGAGCAAGUUCCAGCAGUGCAACCACCGGAGGAGGAGGAGGAGGACUUUUUGGCGCUCCUACUGUUACCAAUGCGAGCUCCUUCUCUUUUGGCACCAGCAGUUCCAGCACACCCAGCAGCACUGGGCUGUUCGGGCAGAACACCACGCCGGCAUUCGGCCAGACCUCUGGAUUUGGACAAGGAUCUUUGUUCAGAAAUAACACCACUACAUCGUCUGCGUCAGGCUUUAGCUUUCAGCCCUCAGGUUUUGGCUGUUCAGCCGCCACACCUGUGUUUGGCUCGCAAUCCACCACUGGGGGCUUAUUUGGACAGCAACAGCAACCUUCAACUGGUGGGGGUUUGUUUGGUCAAAGUUCAACCAGCGCUGCAAGCUCGCCCUCUGGGGGAUUCUUCAGUGGGUUGGGAGGCAAACCUAGCGAAGACGCCGCCAACAAGAACCCAUUCGGCACCACCGCCUCCACUGGCGUGUUUGGCCAGAGCACACAGACUGGGGCCAACAGCCUCUUUGGGAGCAGUGGCGCCAAGGCCUUCGGAUUCGGCGGUCAGCCGGCCUUCGGGGACCAGAAGCCCAGUGGGACCUUCAGCACUGGGGGAGGCAGCGUUGCAUCUCAGGGCUUUGGCUCCUUCUCCACACCAUCUAAAUCAACAAGCGGCUUUGGCAGCGCCCCCGUGUUUGGAAGCCCCCCUUCUUUUGGCGGUUCUCCUGCAUUUGGGGGCGGAGCCUCAUUCAGCUCAAGCCCGUCUUUCAGCAACCCUUUGCCCUCCUCGUCCGGCAAAGUGUUUGGAGAGGGAACGGCCGCCGCCAGCAUGGGAGGAUUUGGUUUCUCCUCACCCCCCAGUGCCCCCUCCUUUGGCGCUAUGGCCACUCAGACUGCGCCGUCAUUCGGGAGCUUGGCCCAGCAGGGCUCUGGGUUUGGAAGCCAGCCCAGCAGCUUCUCGGGCUUUGGCCAGCAGCCACAGACAGGAGGAUUUUCAGGAAAUGCGUUUGGAUCUCCAAAUCCAACAAUACAACAAAGUUGGAUUAACAAUCUCUAAAAACCUGGAGCUCCAUCGUUUGGCAGCUGGAGAAGCUGAGUUCUUCCAGGAUCUCCUGAAGCUUCACUCACAGCUUCUCCUUCAGUCGACAUGCUGCUGAUCCAAAAUAAAUAAAAAUCACAUUUCAAGGAGUUGAAAGUUCUAUUUAUAUUCAAGGCUUUUUCAUGCAAUAUCCAUACAUCCCAAGACCCAUCAAGCUGAACUGAUUCAAGCUUUUUACUGAUCCUAUCAGCUGAACGAAACUGAGCAACAACAUUCUCAACAGCUAUAUCAGAGUGUGGUUUUUCUUUGUAACAUUCACACAUUGUUUGUAGAAUGUGUUAGAAUGUGUUUCACUUUUAACUUUUUUGCAUCAAGCCUCCACUGGAUGUAUUUUUUUUACAUUAAAAUCCAGAAAUAAAUUGUAAUUUUCAAACAG